AUGGCAGCGGAGGCUGUGUCGGCGGCGGCGGCGGGGGCGGGCGCGGGCGCGGGCGGGCGGUGGUGCCUGUGCGCGCUGCUGGCGUUGGCGGCGGCGGCGGCGGCGGCUGCAGCGGCGGCGGGAGGUCCGGGGGCCUUCUACCCCAGCGGGCGCUACGGCAAGCGCGUGGAGACGGAGGUGCCGCUCGCGCCGGCGGGCCGCGGCGGGUGGGCGGCCGGGCGCUUCGGGCGCAGCGGCGUGAUGCUGCCGCGCGCAGACCGCUUCUUCAUGGGCUCCCGCUACGGCAAGCGCGCGGGCGGCGGCCCCGCGCUGCCUGAGCUCGCGCAGCUGGCGCAGGCCGCGCAGCAGGCGCAGCAACAGCAGCAGCAGCAGCAACAGCAGGCUCCGUCGGCCGCGCUGCUGCUGGCGCCGAGGACGGGCGUGGGCGCGGGCGCCGGCGCGCGAGGCUCGCCCGCCGCCCCCGCUGCCUCCUCCGUCGCCGCCUGCGGAGGCGAGCGAGCCUCGGUCGGGGCUGGCGCGACUCCCCCGCAGCCCUCGCAGCAGCAGCCACCGGCGCAGCAGGCAGCGCAGCAGGCAGCGGGGCGGAGUAGACAGCGGCGGCGGCGACGGCGGACCCACGCCCACGGGGCGGGGCGGGGCGCGCGAGGCGCGCGGCCGCCCGCCGCGCCCGCCCGCCCGCGCCCGCGCAGCGCCGCACUCUCCUUGUAA